GCCGAAGAUGAGAUGGAGCCCGGAUCACAGCGACGGUCGGCAUGUGUGUUCUGGAUACUGACGCUGAGUUCUUUUAUCUGUACGACUAUAUACCUGUCCAUGUGUACAGUUGAAGUAUCUGUGACAAGUCGGGAACCAUGCGUCUACAUAGAGGGAAUAACUGUCACAACCGUGGUAGCCUUUCUGUGUGGAAUCUUCUGGUACUGCUACAAACAGAAGAUGCGAUACGGCACGUCUCUAGAAUACUACCUCCACCCUCUGCCACUGUUUGCUGAUGGCACUGAACCCGAGACAAUCCCUGUCCCUGAUGGUCAGCCAGCAGUGACUGAAAGGAUGCUACAAAGCGACAUGUUGAAGCCACUUACCACCGAUAAAGUCCCGGACGACUUCGAAUGUGUUAUUUGUAACGAGAACGAACAUUCCGUCGAUCAAAAGGUGACACAACUUAGCUGCAGUCAUGUGUUUCACAGGGAGUGUGUGCUACGAUGGUUUCUCAGCACCAGCAAGAAAACAUGUCCAAUUUGUAGGACGCGUCAGGUUCCAGAGGGCCGACUUCUUGUCAUCACAAUAAUUCCACAGGAGGGGACGUUACCAGUGCGGCUCUCACAGGUGUUUAAAAGUGGCGAUGACUGA